CAUCAACUCAUGUACCAAACAUGUAGGCUGCGUUCUCUCAUUUAGACCAGCAGACAUUCAUGUUGUUGGACUACUGCUGUCGCUGCUGUGGAUUCACACUCAUAAAACGCCAUGGACCGCUCUCCCUCAAGACUACACCCAGUGAUACCUGGGUGGUUCUGCAGAACCUGCUGAUGUGCAUGGUGUGCUUCUACUCUCUCUACUACAUCGUGGUCAGUCUUUGCAUCGGCCUGUUCAGAGUUCAUGAGAUCAACAGCUUGUUGACUCCUUUUGACUACACAACACAACCGUCAUGGCAGAAUCCCAAGUACCUGGAUUAUGUGUUUUUGUAG